AUGAAAAAAGGCUUUCUUUCUUCUACAACCGGUUAUCAAGUUGGUUUGCCCAACUUGGAAUGCCGAGCUCGGGUGCCGGUGUAUGCUGAGGUGAGUCAACAAUCGCCAAGCAAGAGCAAGUGCCCAAGCUGCUCCAUGAGAAAAGAUGAUGUAAAGCUUCACCUGUUACAACACGGGUUCACCCCUAAUUACACAACUUGGUGGGCACAUGGUGAAAGUACCGCAACAUUUCGACAUGAAGUGCAACCUCCUAAUGUAAUGGAAGAUGAUGAAUUGGAUGGGUGCACGCACAUGGUGAUGGAUGCAAUGGGUUCUAUAGAUAAUUUUAAAUUUAAUCAGGAAGAACAAGUCCCAAAUCCAUAUGCCAAGGGGUUCUAUUAUAUGUUACAUGAUGCUGAUGAACCUUUAUGGGUAGGGUGCCAAAGUUAUUCAAAAUUACAAGCAUCAUCAGAGUUGUUGAAUUAG